AUGCUCACUAGGUUGUACAGUCGGUCACAUUUACUGAUUGUUAUCAUCUUCCAGAUUACCGAAUUAAUAGAUAGUUAUCAUCAUCUGGCCGUGCGAGAAAAAGCAGAUCGGGAAUGGAGCAAGUUUGUGCGCAAAAGAAACUAUAUGAUUCUGUUGGAGCGCUACCCGGUGUUAAAUCCUCGACUACGUCGAUAUUGUUCGUCAUCUUGGACCACCCCAAAUCGUGAGACCGAACCGGCCAAAAAGAUCCACAUUCCCGCUGCCGAGGCCCCAGCGGAACCACCAAAAUUCGAUAUUGAACCGUUCAUUAGCCAGCCUCUACAGUUAGAAUCUAGCCUGGAAAAUCGCGGUCUUCAGUCGGUCGCUAUCGCGACACAAAAUGCAAUACUGACGAUCUGCAAUCCGGCACAUCGUGUGACCACCGUUUCGUUACGUCAGUUGACUGCCGAAGAGGAAGCGGAGAAGUUGUCACAUCUUCUCAAGACCCAAUACAACUCGGCUAUUGGGGACAAGCGCGCGGAUGGUGGUGGUGAUGCACAAAAGUCGGAAGAAAAGCCCAAGGAAGCCGCUGCGGCUGUGGGAUCUUCUGGAGACGAGGUUGAUCGAAAGGCAGCCACUCCUUGUUAUUCAACUGUGAAACUCACACUGCCAUCAUGUGAAAUCAAAUUGGCUCCACGUAACGAUAUUGCGGAAUAUGAUGAGGCCCUGGCACCAAAUGUCGCGGCGGACUACAAGGAUGAUCCGAAGGUGAUUGCUUUUCGUCGAGGGAACAAAGUUGGUGUCCGUAUCAAUUUGACACCGGUCGUAGAUGUGAGCAAGGUGCGACCAACUGCCGCUUGUCCAUUGACACCUGUGCGUGAGGAGUCUGAAUCGCUGUUCCAGGAGUUCGAAAAGGAUCAACUGGUACCUUUACGUGCAGCCGUCUGUUUGCAUUUUGACUACAAGAACACAACCACGGGUCUAUUAUCCGAGCAGCGAGCAGCUGCGGCCGCUGCAGCUGCAGCUGCAAACGCCUCAGCUAGUGCGGUGAAAGCCAGUACCACGGGAGAUGGAACAUCAGAAGGUGCAGAUGGAAAAGGUCAGUCAUCAUCGGUUGUCAGCGGUUUGACUUCUCCACCCGGGGCCACGGAUCAGAUUCAACAAGUCGAUCUGGUUGUUCUGCUAAACUUUGGUGAUAUGGUUCUGAAAAACUGA